AUGUAUCUUCAUGCUUCCUGGUUACCUACAAAGGAAACAGAAGAUGAGCGCAGAAGAAGGUUAGAGAAAAAUCGUCUGAACAAAGAAAUUGCACGUGAUGAAGAAACAGAAGAAGAACGCGCUGGAAGAUUCGAGAAAGACAGACAUUACAAAGAAAUUGCACGUAAAAAGGAAACAGAAGAUGAGCUCAGAAAAAGAUUAGAAAAAGACAGACUUAACAAAGGAGCUGCACUUAAAGAGGAAACAGAAAAUGAGCGCAGAAGAAGAUUAGAGAAAAAUCGUCUAAACAAAAAAAUUGCACUUGAAGAAGAAACAGAAGAAGAACGUGCAGGAAGAUUGGAGAAAGACAGACUUAACAGAGAAAUUGCACGUAAAGAGAAAACAGGAGAUAAGAGCAGAAAAAGAUUAGAAAAAGACAGACUUAACAGAGAAACUGCACUUAAUGAGGAAACAGAAGAUGAGCGCAGAACAACGUUAGAAAAACACAGAACUUUUAAGUCAGCUGCGCGAUUAAAAGUGUGGAAAGAAAAAGAGAAUGCAGCAUUUAAAUAUAGUGCUUCUGUAAAUUAUUCUGCUGAUCCAUCAUGCCAAAUUGGGUCAAUGUCUUUUCAGUGUAAAUACUGCAGUGCUUUUAAGUGGAAGCAGGAAGCGCCAGAAUUGUGUUGCCUCAAUGGAAAAGUUGAUAUUCCGUAUGGUUCUGAGCCUCCGGAAUUUCUUCGUACGUUGUAUUCCGAAGAAUCGACUGAUGCAAAACACUUCGUGAGAAACUUUAGGCGCUACAACGCCUGUUUCAGUAUGACUUCUUUUGGUGCUGAAAAAGAAGUUAAAGAAGCAGGAUUUAUGCCAACGCUUAAAGUACAGGGACAAGUGUACCAUAGAGUUGGUAGUUUAGAACCCUCCGAAAACGAACGCCCGAAAUUUUUACAGGUGUACUUUAUAUCUGACACAGAACAGCUCACGCAACGUUGUAAAUAUAUUGAAAACAUAAAACCAAAAUUAGUAAGUCAGUUGCAGGCGAUGCUCCAUCAGGAAAAUAAUUACGUUAGAGAUUUCAAAAUGACAAUGGAGAAGUUGACCCCUGACGCUCAGCUGAUUAUUUCUGCAGAUCCAAUUCCAGCCGGUGAACAUAAAGGACGAUUCAACAUUCCAUCUUCAUCAGAAGUUGCAAUAAUCAUGGCAGGAGAAAAAUCGUUUUUAAUGAUGCCCGAUGUUCCUCCUCAGUAG